AGCACUCGACACGCUCAGCAUGCUCGCCGCUCUCGCCCGUCCGACUGUCCGCCUCUGCCCGACCACCGCCUCGAGCCGCACCGCCGCCGCUCGCGCCCUGCACUCGACGCCAGCUCGUCACGCACCGGGCCUCUUCCAGGGUGGCGGGCAGAGCGUCGGCGAGGACGCGGCCGACACGUCGAGGAAGAACGCGGCCGUGCCCAUGUUCAUCGCGGCAGGAGCAGGAAUCGCCGGCUACAUCGCCUACUCGCAAAUGAGCUCGCGCCAGCAGGCGCACGAGGAGAAGAAGGACGCCAAGCACGACCAGCAGACCGAGAACGCCCCGGCCGGCUCCAAGCCCAAGGUCGCCAUGCGCGGCUGAGCGCGGCGCGCCGUCCGUUCGUCGGUCCUCCCACUUGUACAGCUCGAGCUUGACAACAUAGCAGUGAACCAGCCC